ACUCAGCCGUCAUCCGUCAUUUGAUCUCCAUUGAUGUUUAUAUUUAUUUUUGCAUCCGUGACGCGUUUCUUUUUCGAUUUCCUUCAUUUUUAAACAUAAAGACGAUGUAAUUAUCGAGGAAUCAAGUUCCCGUGCAAUUAACGAACCAAACGCGCCACAUUUAGCCAUGGAUCAUCUCGCCCAAGAUUUAAGUGUUGCUUUGGAAGAAUCGGAAAGUUGUGGUCCCAUCACUUUCGCUCACGACAAUCAGGGCAAAUGGGGCAUGAGACGAAGGACUCGAUCUGCUGGAAACUUACUUGUUUAUAUGAACAAUUCGCCAGAUAACCAAGGCGAUGAUAGCACUAGCAGCAAUUCUGAAACAAGAAACGACAAGACUUCGAGUCGUGUGGCCAGUUUCCACCAGUCAGACUCCGACGAGCCUUCGUUCAAUAUGGCCAUAGCGAAGGCCAUGCAUAACAAAAGUUCGAUGAGGAUGAAGCACGCUUUGCAUAUCUAUGUCAGAGGUCGAUGCAGGAAACUAGGUGUUAAUCAUAGCUUGGAGAGUGAUUCGGUGAAUGAAAAUUCACCAGCAAGGCCAAAUCUUAGAAGGAAGCGAAAACUGAAACGCAUGAGUAUUGAUGAAGCUCCGAUACCACCAUGUGGGAAGCGUAAACGCUCGCAGCGAUUCGAUAUUGUAGACAAUGGACGUUCUAUUAGACACACUGCAAAAAUUCGACCGCUGCAUCAUAGUCUGGUGGAUAAAAUUGAAAAGAUGUUUCAGAAUAAUCCCAGCAUGGACGAUAAUACAACUAUGGAAACUCAAAGUAUUGAUGAUUGUGAAUUCACGAGUGAGAGUAGCAUUAGCUGGAGUGGGGGUGAAGGUCAUGAUGGGGAUGAUGAAUUGACUGAUUGGGCUCCAUCUAUUGACAAUUCAUCUGCUAUGGAUCAGACUUCUUUCAAUGAUACUGACCCUCGUGAGAUUCGAGCAGGUUGUAGAAGAUUGGGUGACGAGCGACCGGGUUUUAGUAUUAGCACCGGUGCUAACGAACGCGUGGCCAAGUUUCUUCAAGACACCACCAAAUCCGAGCUUAGGUUAUUUGGAGGGGAACGAGAAAAAUUAGGGCAACUGGCAGCUCUAUAUUCGUUAGAUUUGUGGUUCGAUAGCCCCACCUCAUCCUUGUUGAGGAAGACUAGCAAAACACCAUGCAUGCAACCGCCGCAAAAGCACCACAGCGGAAUGAGUGCAGGUCAUAAGAGAAUUCGAACACAUGGACGCUUCGUGGGGGUGGAGUAAUUUUCAGAGUAGAAACCUUGAUAAUCGAUUUUUUAUUUGUGCCUUGCAACUUGCGCAUGAUCUUCGACUUAACUUCAAAUUUUUACGGAUAGUGGCGGCUAGUAAAUUUUUCUUUGCUUCCUCGUCUUAACAAUAUUAUAUUUUAUGUGUUCUUGUUUUGAGAGGAAGUGGAGAUACCACUGCCAUAUUUAUGUAGUAAAAAGUAGGAUAAAUUGUAGAGUAGUAAUAAAUUGAUGUAAUACAUGAAAUUUGAGGUUAAGUUGAAGACAACGUGUUCAAGUCACUUACCAGUAAUGAAGUGUCUUUCUUUUGUCUACAAGUUGAGAUUAAAUUAUGGAGUAAUGCAGUAGCGAAUGGAAGACACUUUCAAUGUCGAAAUUUGUGUACAUUAAGUUAAUCAUUCCAUAUCAAUAGGGUUAAGUUUCUGGUUGAGGCGUAGAACUGAACCUUGAGUAGCCAAGUUUGGAAAAAUGUAUCCCACAGAUUUCGUCGAUUUUUAGUUAUUAUUAGAAGCUCAAUUCGGAAAAAUUUCAACUAGUACAAACUAUAUUAAGUAAUAAUUGUACAGUAUUUAUUUUUACUGUAAUGAUAAUUAUUGUGAAAUUGAGAGAGUUGUUGUUAAUUUUUUUCCGCCCUAUUAUUAAAAUUAGAUAAUUUUA